GGCGCUGCAGCGGCAGCGCGGGGUGAGAGGUCGGGACGAUGGCGGCGGCCUUGGGCGAGGAGGCGCCGGACAACCAGGACUACUAUGGGCUGCUCAACGUGCGCCGCGAGGCCUCCCAGGAGGAGCUGAAGGCCGCGUACCGCCGGCUGUGCAUGCUGUACCACCCCGACAAGCACCGCGACCCCGAGCUCAAAACACAGGCCGAGCAGCUCUUCAACCUUGUCCACCAAGCGUAUGAAGUGCUUAGUGAUCCACAGACCAGAGCCAUCUAUGACAUAUAUGGGAGGAGAGGACUGGAGAUGGAAGGCUGGGAGGUUGUGGAACGAAAGAGAACUGCAGCUGAAAUCAGGGAAGAAUUUGAGCGUUUGCAGAGAGAGAGGGAAGAGAGGAGGCUGCAGCAGCGAACUAAUCCAAAGGGAACAAUUAGUGUGGGAAUAGACGCCACCGACCUCUUUGAUCGUUAUGACGAGGAAUACGAAGAUGUGCCUGGGAGCAGCUUUCCCCAGAUUGAGAUAAACAAAAUGCACAUAUCCCAGUCCAUCGAGGCACCCCUGACUGCCACGGACACAGCAAUACUGUCUGGUAACCUUUCCACCCAGAAUGGGAAUGGAGGGGGAUCAAUUAACCUUGCUCUGAGACGAGUGACAUCUGCCAAGGGAUGGGGAGAGUUGGAGUUUGGAGCAGGAGACCUUCAUGGACCUCUCUUUGGGCUGAAGAUAUUCCGUAAUCUUACACCAAGAUGUUUCAUCACCACAAACUGUGCCCUGCAGUUCUCGUCCCGCGGGGUCCGCCCCGGCCUCACCACAGUCCUGGCCCGCAACCUUGACAAGAACACGAUGGGCUACUUGCAGUGGCGGUGGGGCAUCCAGUCAGCCAUGAACACCAGCAUUGUCCGGGACACCAAAACCAGCCACUUCACCGUGGCACUGCAGCUGGGAAUCCCCCAUUCUUUCAUGAUGGUCAGUUACCAGCAUAAGUUUCAGGAUGAGGAUCAAACACGAGUGAAAGGUUCUCUCAAGGCAGGUUUCUUUGGGACCGUAGUGGAAUAUGGAGCAGAGAGGAAGAUUUCCAGGCACAGCGUUUUAGGAGCCACCGUCAGUGUUGGUGUUCCCCAGGGAGUGUCCUUGAAAAUCAAGCUGAAUAGGGCUAGCCAGACCUACUUCUUCCCUGUCCACCUAACAGAUCAGCUGCUUCCCAGCGCCGUGUUCUAUGCCACCGUGGGACCUCUUGUCAUCUACUUUGCCAUGCACAGGCUGGUCAUCAAACCCUACCUCAGGGCACAGAAGGAGAGAGAGCUGGAGAAGCAGCGGGAGAACACAGCCAGUGACAUCCUGCAGAAGAAGCAGGAGGCUGAAGCUGCGGUCCGGUUGAUGCAGGAGUCUGUCCGAAGGAUAAUUGAAGCAGAGGAAGCCAGAAUGGGUCUGAUUAUAGUGAAUGCCUGGUAUGGGAAGUUUGUUAAUGACAACAGCAGGAAGAAUGAGAAGGUGAAGGUAAUAGAUGUGACUGUGCCCCUGCAGUGCUUGGUGAAGGACUCUAAACUCAUCCUUACUGAGGCCUCCAAGGCUGGGCUGCCAGGCUUCUACGACCCCUGCGUGGGUGAGGAGAAGAGUUUGAAAGUGCUUUAUCAGUUCCGAGGAGUUCUGCACCAAGUGAUGUCAGCUGACAACGAGGCCCUUAGGAUACCAAAGCAAUCUCACAGGAUUGAUGCUGAUGGCUAAUCUGGGAGCUCGUGUCUGCCACGGGACCUGGGUCAAUGGAAACUGCACAACCUCCCCUGGACGCUGCAAGUUUGAACAGAGACACUUUUAUUUUUACUGUCCAUAUAGCCGGUGGUGUCCUGCUGAUUCUGUUAGGGACAAAAGGAGAGACCCUGCUGCUCCAGGCAGCUUCAAGGCAAUAUUGUGGCUUGGUACUCAAUAAAGCAGCGUGACUCUGUGUGCACAGUGCUUUCUGCCCAGAGGGCUGAGCAGGUGCCCUCCUGCCAGCUGGCCACGGCCCCUUCGUGCACUCACACGUACCUCCUGGCACUGAGCAGGGAUGAAAACCUGUUGUUCUCACUUCUCCACAUACUUCCUGGGGCAGUUAACACACCUUUUCCUGCUCCUGAGGGGAAUUUCAGUUCUCGGGCCACCUCCUGGAAGUCCCCUGUGCAAAGCCUUUUUGUUGGAAAGAGGUCAGAGAGAGUUUCCAUCUCAAAUCUGUGUUUGAAAUGCACUUGUUAACCACAUACUUUUGUUAAGUAUGAAGGUCUUUGCCUUUUGUAGUAACAUUGACCUCUUCAGCACCAAUCUGUCCAGCUGCUUAUUUCCAACACUGCUAUUCCAGACAAGGACAUGGGGUAUCAUACUCUUACUAAUUCUUCUGCCAUCCACAUCCAUGUAUCAUCAAGGUUUUUGGAAAAAUAGGAGAGCUAGUGAGGAGAAGGACAGCAAUUCAUUUCAUUUGAUUCUGAUGCUGCAAUUAUCUCUUCCCAUCUAAUUUAUUUCUAGGUAAAACAAACGUAGUUCAUGUAAGUAAACCAGACCAAAGUGAGGAGAGAGGCCAAAUGGAUAAAGAGCUGAAAAUGUAACACUCAGCUGCCCUUUCUGAAAAGCAGCAGUUAUGGCAUAAAUUCUUGGGAUUUAUCUUGCCUAGAAGCCUAGAACUAGAUUUCCAAAAGUAGACUUGUUUGAGCCAGUCUGAAGGAGAUGCUCCCUUCUCUAAAAAACAAGUUCAUGUUGUGAAGGGGUGUUCAUUUGUUUUUAUUAAAACCAAAACUCUUCAUUUGUGACCAGCUCCUGGUGCAGGGCUUUAUUUCACUUACAACCAGUGUUCUGUUGAUCUGAAAUUAAAUGUAAAAUGUGCAAUAAAUUAUAUUCAGCUGAAAAGCA